AAGGUCUGAUCAUCUCUACUGCGCAUCUUUGGCUUCCUGUCUUCCAGCUCAUUAAUAUUAAGUAGAUGUAGGAGCGAUAAGACCGACCCUCUGCACCAACGCGGACACAUUCAGCAUCCAGAGCAACAUCUCACUAAGCUUUCAUCAGACUCUUUGUUCGGCUGCUAGAGAAGUCGGGUUUGAUUUGGACUGGGCUGAUUUAUUUUUUUCUUUUUUGGGAGAAAAGGAGACAAAAUGGCUUUGAGAGGAUCUCUUUUUCGUCUUCUCCAAACUCAACUCAACCACACAUGCCAGCAAAGCAGAGCCCAAUCCGUGGCUGUGCUGGGCGCUCCGUUUUCAAAAGGACAGAAAAGAAGAGGUGUGGAGCAUGGUCCUAAAGUCAUCAGAGAUGCGGGGCUCAUGGACAGACUCUCCGGCUUAGAAUACGCCGUCCACGAUUUUGGAGACCUCAACUUUCACCACCUUGAGACAGACGAACCCUACAUGGAUGUGAAGUUUCCUCGCACAGUGGGAGCAGCGAAUAAGAUGCUGUGUGGCGCCACAAGCAGAGCUAUCGGUGCUGGACACACUCUUGUCAUGCUAGGAGGUGAUCACAGCCUUGCUAUCGGAUCAGUGGGAGGCCAUGCUGAGCAGUGUCCUGACCUGUGUCUCAUCUGGGUUGAUGCUCACGCAGACGUGAAUACACCCAUGACUUCACCGUCAGGAAACCUCCACGGCCAGCCUGUGGCCUUCAUGCUCAAAGAGAUGCAAGACAAGAUGCCAAAUAUCCCAGGGUUCUCCUGGAUGAAGCCAUUCCUCUCCUCCAGGGAUUUGGUGUACAUCGGACUGCGGGAUGUCGACCCCGGAGAGUACCAAAUCCUGAAAAACCUGGGUAUCCAGUACUUCACCAUGAGGGAUAUCGACAGACUAGGUAUCCAAAGGGUCAUGGAAGUCACUCUUGACCAUCUUCUGUCAAGAAAACAGAGGCCGAUCCAUUUGAGCUUUGACAUCGAUGCAUUCGACCCAUCUCUGGCUCCUGCCACAGGAACGCCAGUGAAUGGAGGUUUGACGUACAGGGAGGGGAUCUACAUCACAGAGGAAAUUCAUAACACAGGUCUGCUGUCAGCCAUGGACCUGGUAGAAGUAAACCCCGUACUGGGAGCAAGCCGUGAAGCCGUGCAGGCCACCGCCUCUCUCGCCGUUGACGUCAUUGCAUCGUCUCUAGGACAGACGAGAGAAGGAGCUCACGUGCCCAUGGAUGAGAUUCCCUCUGUGAAAAAUGACACAGAGAAGCUCCGCAUCUGAGUGUAAAGCGAAGCUUUGAACUUUAUCAACCUCCUCCUUGAGCAUUCCACAAUUUUGAGCACAAAACCACAAAGACUGGAUCUAAUAAUUGCUUGAGUUUUGUGUUUGUUCCCAUUUUCUUUUGCUGUUUAGUGUAACGAAACCAUGAAAACAAAAUGAUGUCUUGAUUCAUAAAACUAUGAACUAGCGUCACAGAUUUGGGGUAAAAAAGCCUUUAACAUAAUCUGGAAACCACUACAGUAAAUGAUGGGAAUACCUUUCAUUGCAACUGCAAUACUAAAUUAUUUUACUCUUGUAUGUUAUAAGUUUUAGAGGACACGGCAGCCACAUAUUUAUUAUGUGUUUGGUUUAGAAGCGAAUGGAUCUGCCUCAGAGGUGUGACCAAUCUUGUGUGGACUCUCAAAUCUGUUUUGUGGCUGUGCCAGUUUGUAAAAUCUAGUAAUAAUGUGUUUGCACUUUUGGACCAGCUCUGGUUACUGUAUUUUCUUUAGAGUUUACUUUUGUAUUUUGACAAUGAACCCACUAGUGUACGUGCUGGCAUUUCCCUAUGCAUAAACAUUUACUGAUUACAUCAGUAUUAUUUGGCUUGGAAAUAGUUAAUAUUUAGCUUUGAUUAUAAUGCUGGCAACUGUUAGGCAUAAUAAUAAGAAUAAUCAAGCUUGAACUGUUCUAAUGUUUAAUCUAUAUUUGACUUGAUGUGGCCAUUAAAUGACUACUUUCAUUGUAAUAAAGAGUUUAUAUUUUGGUCUUCCAUAAAUGUGA